AGAGCGCAUUGUGGCUGCUAAGUAGUUGCAAAGGAGAUGCAAAAACCCCUGCUCUCAACUAUUCUCUUAAACCCUAACACUAUGCCACUCUCUUCUGCUGCUAUCCGUUUAUCUUCCUCUCUUCUCCGUCACCCCCACACUUGUCGCUUCUCUCGCCCAUUCUUCUCCACUAAACUCGCCCCGUCCCAGCGAAACCGCAGUCUGUCCGUCACGCAAGAUUGCAAUGGAGGUCGCGUUCUUCCUGUCGAGCUUCAUAAGGAGGCCACCGAGGCUUACAUGGCCUAUGCAAUGUCGGUCUUGCUUGGCAGAGCUUUGCCUGAUGUUAGAGAUGGCUUGAAGCCUGUACACCGUCGAAUUUUGUUUGCAAUGCAUGAAUUGGGUCUUUCUUCUAAAAAGCCCUUCAAAAAAUGUGCUCGAGUUGUCGGCGAGGUUCUGGGUAAGUUCCAUCCCCAUGGCGACACUGCCGUUUAUGACGCAUUGGUUAGAAUGGCGCAGGAUUUCUCCUUACGAAGCCCCCUUAUCCAGGGACAUGGCAAUUUCGGUUCCAUUGACGCAGACCCUCCUGCUGCAAUGCGUUACACAGAGUGCAGGCUGCAAGCACUCACAGAAGUAGUUUUGCUCGCUGAUCUUGAGUUUGAUACCGUUGAUUUUGUUCCGAAUUUUGAUAAUUCGCAAAAGGAACCUUCACUUUUCCCUGCACGUCUACCGACAUUGUUAUUAAAUGGAUCGUCAGGGAUUGCGGUUGGCAUGGCAACCAAUAUUCCUCCCCAUAAUCUUGAAGAACUCGUGGACGCGCUGUGCGCGUUAAUUCACAAUCCGGAAGCCACUUUGCAGGAGUUGUUGGAAUACAUGCCUGGACCCGACUUUCCAACUGGAGGACUAAUUUUGGGAAACCUUGGGAUAUUAGAUGCAUAUCGAACCGGGCGAGGACGUAUUAUCGUGAGAGGAAAAACAGAAAUUGAAUUGCUUGACUUGAAAACCAAGCGGGCUGCAGUUAUCAUAAAAGAGAUCCCCUAUCAAACCAACAAAGCGUCACUUGUGGAAAAGAUUGCUGAACUUGUAGAGAAUAAGAGUUUGGAUGGCAUUAGUGACAUCCGUGAUGAAAGCGAUCGUUCUGGAAUGCGUAUUGUGAUUGAGCUGAAACGGGGAUCAGACCCAUCAAUAGUGUUAAAUAAUCUUUAUCGUCUUACUCCUCUUCAAUCUAGUUUUAGCUGCAAUAUGGUCGGUAUUCUUGAUGGACAACCCAAACAGAUGGGUCUGAAAGACUUGCUACAGGCAUUCUUAGAUUUUAGAUGUUCUGUUGUUGAAAGACGUGCCAGGUUCAAGCUUUCUCAAGCACAGGAGAGAAGACAUAUUGUUGAGGGUAUUGUGGUGGGACUUGAUAAUAUGGAUGGAGUAAUUCGCAUAAUUAAGGAGGCUUCAAGCAAUGCAGCUGCAUCUGCUGGCCUGAUGAAUGCAUUCAGUCUUUCUGGGAAGCAGGCUGAAGCUAUUUUGGACAUAAGCCUGAGAAGACUUACUCUUCUUGAGAGAAAAAAAUUUGUCAAUGAAAGCAAGUUAUUAAUGGAACAAAUUUCAAGGUUAGAAGAACUACUAUCAAGCAGGAAAAACAUAUUACAGUUAAUCGAACAAGAAGCAGUAGAGCUGAAGAAUAAGUUUCCCAGUCCAAGACGUUCAUCCUUGGAGGAUAUGGACAGUGGUCAACUUAAUGAUUUAGAUGUUGUUCCAAAUGAAGAAAUGCUUCUGGCCAUUAGCGAAAAGGGUUAUGUUAAGCGAAUGAAGCCUGACACGUUUAAUCUUCAAAAUCGUGGAACAAUUGGUAAAUCUGUUGGAAAACUGAGAGUCAAUGAUGCGAUGUCUGAUUUUGUCAUCUGUCAUGCACAUGAUCAUGUGCUAUACUUUAGUGAUCGGGGAAUAGUGUACUCUGCUCGUGCUUAUAAAACUCCUGAAUGCACAAGGACUGCUGCCGGCACACCACUAGUCCAGAUCUUAUCUUUGUCUGAAGGUGAAAGAAUAACUUCCAUUAUUCCUGUGAGUGAUUUUUCUGGAGAUCAUUUUCUACUUAUGCUCACGGUCAAUGGUUACAUCAAGAAAGUGCCUUUGAAUGUUUUCUCAGCCAUACGGUCCACAGGAAUCAUAGCAAUUCAAUUGGUUCCUGGUGAUGAGCUAAAAUGGGUCCGCUGCUGCACAAAUAAUGAUCUUGUAGCUAUGGCUUCACUAAAUGGAAUGGUCAUCUUGAGUUCCAAUGAGAAUAUUCGAGCACUAGGCCGAAAUAGCAGAGGUGGAGUGGCUAUGAGACUAAAGAAAGGAGAUAAGAUGGCAAGCAUGGACAUAAUCCCAGCUUCCAUGCGAAAGGACUUGGAGAGGGUGUUGGAAGAUCCUAGGAGCUACAUCAAGGGCAGUGGUCCGUGGCUGUUAUUUGUCUCUGAGAAUGGUUAUGGAAAGAGAGUUCCUCUCAGUAGAUUUCGUCUCUCAGUUUUGAACAGAGUUGGUUUAAUUGGUUAUAAGUUUUCUGCAGAGGACCGAUUGGCAGCAGUCUUUGUUGUUGGAUUUUCUUUGGCAGGAGAUGGAGAAAGUGAUGAACAAGUGGUUCUAGUAAGCCAAAGUGGUAUAGUAAAUAGAAUUAAAGUACGGGAUAUCUCAAUACAAUCUCGUUUUGCAAGGGGAGUUAUUCUGAUGAGGCUUGAGCAAGCUGGAAAGAUACAAUCAACAUCUUUGAUUUCUGCAGCGGAGGCAGAGCCCGAGGAAUCAUUAUUCAACGAAACAUCAAAAAUGUCGACACCCGAAGUUGAAUCACCUGCUGUGUUUUCCCAGGCAUCAUAACAGAUUUUAAGAGUUAUUAUUGUACAUGCCUUGUAAAAUAGUGUGCUAAUUUGGCUAUAAGAAAAGUAGCUUAUGCUGCCCAAAUUAACUUGGAUUGUUGUAAUAGUAGAACCUUUCGUGGCUUAAAUUAUUUACAAACAUGGAUGGUGGUACUAGAGAUUUUUGUACCGAGUGCCUUCUAUUUUUGCUUCACUUUUAAGCUUGAAACGCUUAGCAAUUGUAGCAGUUUGCUUCUUUCA